AUGGCGGCGACCAAGAUUGACGGCACGGCCAUUGCCAAAGCCAUCCGGGAGAAGCUCAAGACGGAGAUUGUUGACAAGCAGUUGACAAACCCGCGCUACCAACCAUGCCUGAAGAUUAUUCAAGUUUCCGAACCCGAGUUGAUUGAUCAGAUUAACCGUCUGAAUAACGACUCGAAUGUUCAUGGUAUCCUCGUGCAGCUUCCUCUGCCAGCCCACCUUCGCGAGUACACUGUCACAUCUGCAGUCGCAGAUGAGAAAGAUGUUGAUGGCUUCGGUACCUUUAACAUUGGGGAGCUUUCUAAGCGGGGCGGUCAGCCUUACUUUGUGCCCUGCACCCCCAAGAGUGUGAUGACCUUGCUUCAAGAGAUUGGAGUUGACCCCAAGGGCAAAAACGCCACGGUCAUCGGCCGCAGCAACAUUGUGGGUAGCCCCGUCGCGCAGCUUCUCAUGAAUGCAGAUGCUACUGUCACGGUUUGCCACUCAAAGACUGCCAACAUCCAAGAGCAUAUUCGCAACGCCGACAUUAUAGUGUCUGCCAUUGGCCAGGCGCAGUUCAUCAAGGGCGAGUGGCUGAAGCAAGGCGCCGUCGUCAUUGACGUCGGAAUCAACUAUCUUGACGAUGCGACCAAGAAAUCCGGCUACAGGCUCGUAGGCGACGUAGACUUUGAGAGCGCCUCGGCGGUUGCUUCGUUCAUCACCCCGUUCCGGGCGGCGCACUUUGAGCAGCAGAAGGACCGAAAGAUUCUGCCCCUUCCUCUCAAACUUCAAGACCCAGUGCCUUCGGAUAUUGCGGUGUCGAGGAGCCAGAUCCCCAAGUAUAUUACUCGUCUCGCUGCAGAGGCAGGCGUUGCGCCCCACGAACUCGAGCCGUAUGGCGCAUACAAGGCCAAGGUGGAUUUGGCUCUCCUGAAGCGACUCGAACACCGCCAGAACGGCCGGUAUGUCGUCGUUACUGGCAUCACACCCACGCCGUUGGGCGAGGGCAAGUCCACGACGACAGUUGGACUUGCUCAAGCCCUCGGCGCUCACCUGGGGCGUCUGACCUUUGCCAACGUUCGUCAGCCCAGCAUGGGGCCUACAUUCGGUAUCAAGGGCGGCGCUGCGGGUGGUGGCUAUAGCCAGGUCAUCCCUAUGGACGAAUUUAACCUCCAUCUCACUGGCGACAUCCACGCCAUCACCGCCGCCAACAACCUCUUGGCCGCCGCCAUCGACACACGCAUGACAUUUGCACCCAUCAUGUUCCGUCGGCUGAAGAAGCUUGGCAUCGAGAAGACGAACCCCGAUGACCUGACCGAGGAUGAAAUCCGCCGAUUUGCCCGUCUGGACAUCGACCCCGCCACCAUCACUUGGCGCCGUGUGUUGGACGUCAAUGACCGUCUCCUCCGCGGAGUCACCAUUGGCACGGCACCCACUGAGAAGGGCUUCACUCGAGAGACUGGGUUCGAUAUCUCGGUUGCCAGCGAGUGUAUGGCCAUUCUCGCGCUUAGCUCGGACCUUUCAGAUCUCCGAGAGCGACUCGGACACCUUGAGGGCACGCCGGUGUUUGUGCACGCCGGCCCGUUCGCCAACAUCAGCAUCGGCGCCAGUUCAAUCAUCGCCGAUAGGAUGGCUCUCAAGCUCACGGGCACGGAGGCUGACGAGGACCACGCGAGCCAGUCCGGCUUUGUGGUGACGGAAGCUGGUUUUGACUUUACCAUGGGUGGAGAACGAUUCUUCAACAUCAAGUGCAGAACCUCGGGUCUCGUCCCGGAUGUCGUGGUUGUUGUCGCGACCGUUCGGGCCUUGAAGGUGCAUGGUGGCGGUCCUCCAAUCGCGGCGGGUGCUCCUCUCGACCCCGUGUACAAACAGGAGAAUAUCGAAAUUCUCCGUGCUGGGUGCUGCAAUCUCCGCAAGCACAUCGAGAACGCCAAGUCCUAUGGUAUCCCUGUCGUCGUAGCGAUUAACAAGUUCUUCACCGAUACCGAUGCUGAGAUCGCCGUUGUGCGCGAGGAGGCCAUCGCUGCCGGCGCCGAAGAUGCCAUUCUGUCCAACCACUGGGCUCUGGGUGGGCAAGGCGCCACUGACCUAGCCAAGGGCGUGAUCGAGGCCAGCAACAAGCCGAAGAAGUUGAAUCUCCUCUAUGACCUUGAUGGAACCGUUCAGGAGAGAAUUGAAGCGAUUGGAAAGAAGAUGUAUGGAGCCGACAAGGUUGAGCUCAGCGAGCUAGCGCAGCAAAAGGUGGACACCUACACUCGCCAGGGUUUCGGCAACCUGCCCAUCUGCAUCGCCAAGACGCAAUACUCUCUUUCUCAUGACCCGAACUUGAAGGGUGCGCCCACCGGUUUCACGGUCCCCAUCCGUGACGUUCGCAUGGCUGCGGGUGCUGGAUACCUAUAUGCCCUCGCCGCCGACAUUCAGACUAUUCCGGGACUGCCAACGGCGCCUGGCUACCUCAACGUCGAUGUGAACAUUGAGAAGGAUGAGAUAGAGGGACUCUUUAAACAAGCCAAGGGGGAGAAUUUAAUCUUCACGGCUCUCACGAGGGGGACGAUGUUCACCCUUUGUCGCCGGGAAUGGCUAGGUAUUGAAAGAGAAUACGCGAGAUUCGGCUGGCGGUCCAGGUAUUGUUAG